ACAAGGCACUUUCUGGGCAGCCCGAGGAAGCAGAGCUGCAGCCCGAGCUGAGGGAGCGCCUGGCAGCCCUCCUGUUCUGCCAGCCGCGGCACCAGCCCACCAAAUCCCCGCUGCGGCUCCUCGCCGAGCUUGGCCUCUCUCCCUGCCGAGGGAAGGCCAAAAGCUGCUCUGAGCCCGGAGCCCAGCUCUCCGAAACACCUCUUAAGGAGCAGCUGAGAAACCGAUUUAAGAAGAAGGUCCCGCCGGGGGCCGAAGCAGCCCACGUUGCCGUCGGUGAAGUUGAAUUCCUGGAGAAGCCCUUCACCGCCUUCAUCCGUCUCCGGCGAGGGGUAGCCCUCGGCUCGCUGGCCGAAGUCGCUCUCCCCAGCAGGUUCCUCUUCAUUCUGCUGGGUCCCCGAGCUGAAGUGAAAGCCUACCACGAGGUUGGCAGGGCCAUGGCCACGCUGCUGACAGAUGAGCUCUUCCAAAGGGUUGCCCGGCAGGCUGAGCACCGAGAGGACCUCAUCGCAGGGAUGGAGGCGUUCCUGGAUGAGCUGACUGUGCUUCCUCCCGGGAAAUGGGACCCCAGUGCCCGAAUUCCUCCUCCGAGCUGUCUGCCAUCUCCGCACAGGAGGACCGCCAUGUACCCGCCGGAUCGGCAGUCCCACGGCAAUGAGGACAUGGCAGCAGCUGGGGACAGAGCUGGCCUGGAGCACCCGUGCUCCAGGGAGGAGCUGGAAAGGACGGGCAGGCUUUUCGGGGGGCUGCUGCGAGACAUCCGGAGGAAGGCGCCAUGGUACGGCAGCGACUUCUACAACGCCCUACACCCCCAGUGCCUCUCAGCAGUGCUCUACAUCUACCUGGCGACAGUCACCAAUGCCAUCACCUUCGGGGGCAUGCUGGGGGACGCGACCGCCAAUAUGCAGGGGGUGCUGGAGAGUUUCCUGGGCACGGCCUUUGCAGGCUCCAUCUUCUGCCUCUUUUCCGGCCAGCCCCUGACCAUCCUGAGCAGCACCGGCCCUGUGCUGGUCUUCGAGCGCCUCCUCUUCUCCUUCAGCCAGGACCACAGCCUGAACUACCUGGAGUUUCGCCUCUGGAUUGGGCUCUGGGUGGCCUUUUUUGGUGUGGUCUUGGUGGCCACCGAGGCCAGCCACCUGGCACGGUACUUCACCCGCUUCACCGAGGAAGGCUUCUGCGCCCUCAUCAGCUUGAUAUUCAUCUACGACUCCCUGAAGAAGAUGCUGAGCCUGGCGGACGCCUUCCCCAUCAACUGGCAAUACCGGCUGGACAACGUCCCCUCCUACAGCUGCGUCUGCAACUUGUCCAGCCCCGGGGUGCGAAAGUUGGUGAGCGACUUCGCCAUCAUCCUGGCCAUCCUCGCCUCCUGCGCCAUCGACGCUGCCCUGGGCCUGGAGACCCCCAAGCUCCUUGUCCCCAGUGAGCUGAAGCCCACGAACCCAGCACGGGGCUGGAUCAUCUUCCCCUUUGGAGCCAACCCGUGGUGGGUCUGCCUGGUAGAGCAGAGGCUGACUGGCCUGGCUGUCUUCGUCCUGACGGGGGUCUCCGUCUUCAUGGCACCUGUUCUCAAGCACAUCCCGAUGCCGGUGCUGUAUGGGGUCUUUCUGCACAUGGGGGUGGUGGCGUUGAACAGCAUCCAGCUCACAGACCGCGUGCGGCUGCUCCUGAUGCCAGCCAAGCACCAGCCAGACCUCGCCUACCUCCGCCAUGUGCCCCUGCGCCGGGUGCACCUCUUCACCGUCAUCCAGCUGCUGUGCCUGGCCCUGCUCUGGGUCCUCAAGUCCACCAUGGCCGCUAUUAUUUUCCCAGUGAUGCUGCUGGCACUGGUGGGGAUCCGGAAGGGGCUGGAGCACAUCUUCUCCCUGCAUGACCUGAGCUGGCUGGACAGGCCCCCGCCCGCAAAAGCCCGGGAG